ACACUCCAUCCAUGCUUUUGUUCCGGCCUCCGGUCCAGUUUAAGAACCCAUGGUGGCCCUCGAGUCAAAAAGUUUGCCCACCCCUGUGCUAGACAAAAGGGCUCACAGCGGAGGGCGACUGCCCAAGGCUGGCCCCUCCACCGGCACCAUCCUCAGCAGCCCAGGAGCUGCUGGCACUCGGCGUGGGACCCAGCCACGGCCGGGGUGUGCAGGCCCCAGGAGGAACACACAGCACCAAGUCCCUGCCAGCGUCCCCCUUGCAGGGUCCCUCACAGAAGCACAGCAGGUAAAGAGUCCAGCCAAACCGGCCAGGAGAGGCAGGGCCCUUUUCUAAAGGCAGUGACCGGGCCUGAAGUCUGCCCUUCCUGACCCACUGCCACCCGGCUCCGCCCGCUGCAGGGCCCACAGGCCACCUGUGUGGACACAGCGCGGGCUUCCAAGACUGAAGAAGGGAUGUUCACCCCCAGCUCCUUGCCUGCCGGGGUCACUGUGGCCUCUGCCUACAGCCCUGCCUUUGUCAAGGUCACCCUCUCUUCCAGAAAUGUCCUUGCCAUUCGGGUUUCCUACGCCCUGCUCCCACCUUCAUGCUGAUGCCCGUAGGAGACCGUCAGAUGGCCCCAACCAGAGUGUUCUUGUCUCCUGCUGGGACCCCGACUAUCACAGCCACCAGCCCAUCUCAACAAGCAGUCCUGCCUCUGGGCCAGUGGUCGGCAAACUCAUUAGUCAACAGAGCCAAGUAUCAACAGGACAACGACUGAAAUUUCUUUUGAGAGCCAAAUUUUUUAAACUUAAACUCUAUAGGUAGUUACAUUAUUAUUAACUUAAUUAGGGUCCUCCUAAGGCUUAGGAAGAGCCACACUCAAGGGGCCAAAGAGCCGCAUGUGGCUCACGAGCCGCAGUUUGCCCACCACGGCUCUGGGCCGAGGCGUGGACAGACCAUGUGUCCCCACAGCCUCCCCCCAGCCAAGUGUGAGACCGCUCUCUGCAGGCCGCCUGUCCCCCCGCCCCCACUCCGUGGGCUCCAGAUCACUGGUCCGCCUUCUGGGUUCCGAGUCCCAGUGGCUCAAGCCGGAGCCUCGCCCCCCCCCAGGGCACCCUUCCUUUAUGACUUCACUCACUGAAGUCACUGGACAAUGCUGAACGUUCUACCCCAGAGCUGGGGCCUCCAGGAGGCAGGGACAGCCGCCCGGCCAGCCCAGAGGACUCUCCAGUAGACGGGGACACCGCUGGCCCAUGUCUCACAGGGGUGGAGGGCAGCUUCAGAGGCACGGGGUGCUCCUGGCACCAUGGAUGAUGCCGCCGUCCUCAAGCGACGAGGCUACAUCCUGGGGAUAAAUUUGGGAGAGGGCUCCUACGCGAAAGUCAAAUCCGCGUAUUCCGAGCGCCUGAAGUUCAACGUGGCGGUCAAGAUCAUUGACCGCAAGAGAGCCCCCACCGACUUCUUGGAGAAGUUCCUUCCCCGAGAAAUCGAGAUUCUGAUCAUGCUCAACCACCGCUCCAUUGUCAAGACCUACGAGAUCUUCGAGACGUCAGAGGGCAAGGUCUACAUCAUCAUGGAGCUCGGGGUCCAGGGCGACCUCCUCGACUUCAUCAAAAGCCGGGGAGCCCUGCGCGAAGACGAUGCUCGCAAGAAGUUCCACCAGCUCUCCUUGGCCAUCAAGUACUGCCACGACCUGGACAUCGUCCACCGGGACCUCAAGUGCGAGAACCUGCUCCUCGACAAGGACUUCAACAUCAAGCUGUCCGACUUCGGCUUCUCCAAGCGCUGCCUGCGGGACGAGAGCGGCCUGCUGAUCCUGAGCAAGACCUUCUGCGGGUCGGCGGCCUACGCGGCCCCCGAGGUCCUGCAGGGCAUCCCCUACCAGCCCAAGGUCUACGACAUCUGGAGCCUGGGCGUGAUCCUCUACAUCAUGGUCUGCGGCUCCAUGCCCUACGACGACUCCAACAUCAAGAAGAUGCUGCGCGUCCAGAAGGAGCACCGCAUCAACUUCCCGCGCUCCAAGCACCUGACGAACGAGUGCAAGGACCUCAUCUACCGCAUGCUGCAGCCGGACGUCAACCGGCGGCUGCACAUCGAGGAGAUCCUCAGCCACACCUGGGUGCAGCCCAAGCCCCGGGGCCUCAGCAAGGAGGGGGUGGGCCUCCUGGGCACUGAGCCCCCACAGGUCCCGGAGCCCUCUCGGACCCUUGAGCCCUUGCAGACUACCGAGCACUCUCGGACUCCUGAGGCCUCGAUGACUACCCAGCGCUCGCGGACCCCUGAGCCCUCGCAGACUACCGGGCACUCUCGGACCCCUGAGGCCUCGCGGACCCCUGAACCCUCGCAGACUACCGGGCACUCUCGGACCCCCGAGGCCUCGCGGACCCCUGAGGUCUCUCGGACGACCGAGCCCGGCUCUGACAAGAAGUCUAUCUCCCACCAGGAGCCCCAGGAGGAGGCACAGCCUGAGGUGGUGCCAGAGCCAAAGCCCCAGGAGGAGAUGGAGCAAGGGCUGGUCUCCAGGCAGCUGGAGAGCACAAGCCUCCUCGCCCCAACAGGGCAGCGGAGCAGGGAGACAGUGGAGGGGCGCUCUCCAAAGCCCCCGCAGACCCAGUGAGCCUCUCACCGGGCCCAGGGGCUGGCAGGGAAGGAGGCGGAGACGCAGCUUUGAGCCUGGGCUCCAGACAGGUGAGACCCAAGAGGUGAAGGACAACCCCCAGAUGAGCCACUAUUUUUGUCAAUUUCCCCCCUCCCUUUGAACAUGCUAUUGAAGCAAUAAAUCACUAUAU